GGGCAGUUAGUGGAGCUUCUGUGGAGGAAGAACCAGGAGAAGCUGGAGAUACGGAAUACAGAGGUAGCAAGAGGCAGUGGGACGAGUGAAGAAGAGAAACUCAACAUAAAGGAGAAAAACGCAGGAACUAGACGACGUCAUCCUCAGAGAAGAUGGAGUCUUCGUUCUGCUGGUUCUACCUUGUGAUCUUCUUCAGAACCAUCUGGGCCACUUCCCCACCCUACACUGUCCACCAGGCUCAGGUCAGCUUCGCCCAGGCCUCCGAGAACUGCCUCCCCGGUGUCCUCACCACGCUCGCCACCCAACAAGAGGUCCGGGACAUUCUCGACGUUGUCUCCAGCUCAGCGACGGCGUUUGGUGAGAAAUUCAGCUUCUGGGUCGGACUGAAGAAGGUCAAGAACGAGUGUGUCAUUCCCGCGCUGCCCCUGAGGGGGUUCAAGUGGACCGAGGAUGGCAGUCAAGAAUCGCAGGUGAUCCACUGGGCUCAGGAGCCGCAGCCGACCUGCACGGCGGUGCGCUGUGCGGCGCUGAAGGGGGAGUGGGAUGGAUCCAACUUCACCAGCUGGGGGCUGAUCCCUGUCAAUUGUAAGACCAACUUCCAGUUUAUCUGUAAGCUGGGGGGUGGAGGAACCAGAACUAAACUAGAACCAACAGAACUAGCAACACCAGAAACACCAAAAUCAGCACUGCCUGGACCACCAAAACCAGUAGCAUCAGAAGCAACAGCACCACAAAAAACAGCUGCACCAGAACCACCAAAGCAUGCUAUUCCAGAUAAAUCAGAACCAAUACCUUCAACAAAACAACCAGACACAUCUAAACCAGAACCUGGGCCUCCUUCUCCCGGACACAAGCCGGAAACCGACCUAAAGCUUGAUACUCGACCUGAGGUUCGGUCCGGUUCCUGUCAGAACCCCCUCAUCCCCAGUGCUCGCUCCAUCCGCUUGGACAACAGCAGCCGGAUCCAGGUGGAGUGCUGGUCCUCCGACCUGGUGGAGCUCCGCUGCUCGGGCCAGCCCCCAGUCUGGGGACUCCUGGACGGCUCGCCAGCCAACUUCUCCACCGUGUGCGCGCCGUGUGGAGCUGGCUUCCGGAAAGACGCCUCUGGAUUCUGCGUGGACGUGGACGAGUGCGCCGGCGCCGCCUGCAGGCGCGGCUGCCUGAACACGCCAGGCUCCUUCAGGUGCUUUUGCUCCAACCAGGACGGGGAGCUCCUGGACGAGGACUCACCGGCGUGCGGCGGAGCCACGGUGGCAGGCGUCCUGAUGCCGGCGCUGGUUGCUGCGGCGACGCUGGCGCUUCUCUGACACGGCGCCCAAAGAAGGUUGAAGGAGGGGAUCCUGUGCCUCCACACUUCUUUUUAAAUUACAAUUCUUAUGUUUUUGUGAAGUUUUUGCAAUGGUUCCUGUCUUGGCAGGAAGUCACCUGGAGAACUCAUUUGGACAUUAAACUUUUCUAUUUUGAUUAAAUCAAAAAUAUUUAAGAGAACAUGAAUCAAGACAUUGAAAAAUUGCAUCAAUAAAAUAAUUGCUUCA